GAAGAAAUUGUUCAAACAUAUGAAGUCAAAUGCACAUCGAAUCUCUUAUAGGAUUGAGUCAACAACGAACAAGACAAAAUAUUUCUGGACUGGGGAAAGUGAAGUGGAUGACUUCAUUCAUGACCUCCUCAACAUGAGUCGACAAUCCAAUGGUUCUGGCCCUCCACACUUCAACAACAACAACAGGUAUAACACCAGUAGUGGUGGUGAUGGUGGUAGCAGUGGUGCGGGGUCUUUCUUCACCCCACCCUCAUCAACUUCAUACCCUCCAACAUCAAGCUCAACCACCACCACCAUUGCUACAGCUGGUCGUAACACCAAGCGAAGACAGAGAAAGAAGAAGAACUGAGGAGAAAUUUUGGGUAGAGGGAUUGUCAGAUUUUGUUGGUGGUGGUCAUCUGUUUAUGAUGUCAUACAAACCGUCAGUGCAUUUGGCUAUGAUGAUGAUGAUGAUGAUGACAAUUAUAACGACAGCAGUUAUGGUGAUAAUGCUGACGGUUUAGCCACUGUCGCGAUAAAGAUUGUAAUGAUAAGUGUGGUGAUGACAGUGAAGUCUAAUGAUGACAAGUGUGGUGACAGCAGUAAAGAUGAGUGAUAACAGGAAAGACUUGUGAUGACAAGUUUGGUGAUGAUAGGAAAGACUGUAGCAGCUGAAGGCGUUGUUUCGUCUGAACCAUCCACAGACAGUUAUCAACCAUCAAAUAAAAAUUCUAUCAACUUCAA